AAAAAAUGCGAAUAUCCGACCCGUAAAGAAAUGCGGAUAUCCGAUGGAGCUACGUUAGCUAGCUUCUCCAUUUCUUCUUUCUUUCUCUUGUUAUUAUCUCUCUCCCCAUAUAAUUCACAGACAUAUAUAUAUAUAUAUAUAUGUAUAUUUCUUUCCUAUAAGAAUUUGCUUAUUCCAUUUCCAUGGCUCUCUUUCUCAUCGUCAAAUAUAUAUAUCUUUCGACGGUUCUCUUCAGUUCUUGAUUAUGUUAUUAAGCAAUAUUCCAAUGACCUGGAAACUAUCCCACAUGGUGGUUCCUGCAGUUAAUAACUCCAUCUUUUCGCCGGAAUAUUCCACGGCGGCUAAUCGAACAAGUCCGAAGAGGUACGUUGACGGUGGAAUUGGUUUGGGUAUAGUCGCUGCGCUUGAGAACUCCGGAAACGGGAUCUAUCCGGUUUGCUAUUCUGGAACCGGUUCGAAUGGUUCCGACCCGGUUCGGUGUUCAAGAAGACUCCAAUUCGCGGCGGAGAUCGAUCCCUCUGAGGAAUACACUUGCGUCACGACUCGUGAUGGCCUCACCAAAGUCUAUUACAACGACCGCGAAUUUGAGUUCGGUAAGAGCCGUGGUCGGACGUGGAAAGAAGAAUCUAUGCAAAUCUCCGAGGAAUCUCCGGCGAAGAAGAGGAACGUAAUCAGAGGUUCUCCAGGUUUUCUGACUACAUGUUGCUUGUGCAAGAAGAAACUUCAUGGCCAAGACAUUUACAUGUACAAAGGAGACGAAGGAUUUUGUAGUAAAGAGUGUAGGUCGGUGAAGAUAAUGGAUGAUAGUUUAGAGUAUGAAGAACAUAAGUCGUUGACAAGGGUUGAGGUUCUGAGCUCUCCGUACGUCGCCGGGCUAUUCGUAAUUUAAUCAUCUAGACAAGAUGUGAUUGGUCAGAUGAUUUCACCGAUAUAUAUAUAAUCCACUCAUUUUUUUUUUCUUUUGUGUUGUAUGGAAAUUUGAGUUUUUCACAAAUAGAAAAAAGAGAUUUAUUAUUACUGUCGACGAAACAGACAAUAAUAAUUAACAAUU